AUGUCGCGUAAAAGGACGUUAUCUAACGAAGUUACUGCCGAGCAUGAACAGCACUCGAUAGAUCCCGAGCAACAACGAGAUACUGUUAUUAAAGAGAAGACUAGAGCGGCAAUUACUGCUCAAGAACCACCACCACCACCGCCACCAGUGACUAACAAUCAGUCUUCGGCACGACCUAUUCCCUCGCCAGCAUCACAGCAGCCACGUCCACCAAAGUCGCGCGCUCGUAAUUCAAAGCGAAUGUGUCGUAUGUUCUUCCCCAGUUCAGGUCGGAUGGGUUUCGAUAAAGUAAAGAAUUCUGAUGAACUACCACCGAUUGAGACACUACGCGAGAUGAUUAUGUAUGAAACACGUCUUCGAUUAUCCGAGUCGAUUCAAGAGCUCAUGGACUUGUAUCAUACUGAUGAAGAUAGCGUAACUUUGAUACACGAUCUUAUUCAACAACAUGUCGUCGAACAUUUCGGAUAUCAACAUGUGAAUGCAUUGCGUACCGCUCUGUAUCGCUUUCCGAAUGAUCCUGUUGUCAAGGAAGUAUUUUAUGUAAAGCACAAUAAGGUCACCCAAGGUCUGGUCAAUUGUGGUGAAAGUGUCCAAGAUGUUGAUUUGUUUACCAUGGAAGGUCAUCCGACAACUCUCUUCUCACAUAUGUCAGCCGAUCAACCUUUGAUUGUAUUGGCCGGCUCAACUAGCUGA